CUCUCUCUCUCUCUCGCCCCGCACCUAAUCGACCAAUCGCCAGAUCGCCAUCGCAGGAUUUAUCGAACGCAACCACCGGAUUCGAUCUCCCGUCUGCCGAUCGUGCCCCCCUUCCAUUCUCGAGCUCCGCUUCACAUCGAGUGGGAUAGAUAAAUGAAAGCUUGGAAUUUGGAGCCCAGGUAGGAAGGGAUUUGUAGUUAGCUAGCGCAGAAUGGCGUGGUUGGGGAAGGUGUCUUUGGGCGGCUUCCCGGAUCUGGCCGGGGCCGUGUCCAAACUGAGCGAGAGCGUCAAGAACAUCGAGAAGAACUUCGAUAGUGCUCUCGGAUUGGACGAGAAACACGAUUCUGGUGAUGAAGGUUCUGCAAAAUGGACAUCAGCAUCAGAUGGUAAAGGGAUUUUUGAACCUGUGAUGGCUUUUAUGGGGAAUAAAGGAGAGGAAGGACCUUCCAAAGCAUCAGUAAAAGAAGAAUCUUUGGAACACCCUCCAUCAGCUGAAGAAUCUGAAAAAAUUCCAUCAGCUGAAACAACUGCUCUUUCUGACAAGGGAAUUGAAGAUUCCACAAGUAAGGUUGAUGACACUGAUUCUAAUAAUGCUAGCAUCAUUGCCAAUGAACCUGGAGAACUCGAUGAGAUCAGCGCUGUUGUUGGAUCAAGUCAUUCACAAGAUGAAACAGAGACUUCAUUGUCUGGAAGCAAGGAAGAAGCAGAUUUACCUCCUGUAUUCCAACAUAAGGUAGAUGCAGAUGGAGAUGCAAGUAAUAACUCACAACCAGGAGAUUCCCAGUUGCAGAUUGCAGAGAGUGUGGAACCUAAUGUCAAUAGUGUUUUCCAUGCACCUGAAGGGUUGCAGCAUGCAAGCGAUUCACAAGGAAGCCAUGUCAAAAAUGAGACAGAAGCUGAGCAGCUUGUUGAUAAAGGAUCUCCUAAACAUUCUAAUGUUGUAGUUAGUGUCCGAGAAAGCCUUGAAAAAGAGGCUUCUGUUGCAAUAAUUCCUGUUGGUAUCAUGAAGCAUGAUCAUCCCAAUGAAUUUUCUGACAAUAAUGUUCCAAAACCAAUUGGCAACGAGCAGGAUCAAAAUGAAGCUUCUGAAUCAGUAUCGCAUGAUGAUGAUGCAUCUCUGAAGUCAGCGAAAUUAAGCUCCGAGGCAAUGCUUGUUGAAGCUGAGAAUGACAAUGCUGUAUCAAACAAUGUGCCAAAUUCAGUGAAUUCUUUUGCUGAAGUGGAGAAGGUGAAACAAGAAAUGAAAAUGAUGGAAGCUGCAUUACAAGGUGCUGCUAGACAAGCCCAGCUUAGCUCUGACACUAUUUCUUCCAAUGUUUCAAGUUUUGGAUCGAGACUGUGUCUGGUUAAAGCUGAUGAAAUUUCUAAAUUGAUGAAUGAGAACGAACAGUUAAAAUCUAUUAUUGAGGAUUUAAAGAGGAAGUCAUCAGAAGCAGAAAUAGAUGCCCUACGAGAGGAAUACCACCAAAAAGUGUCAUCUCUUGAAAGAAAGGUUUAUGCUCUCACCAGAGAAAGGGAUACAUUGAGGAGAGAACAAAGCAAAAAAAAUGAUGCAGCUGCUCUUUUGAAAGAAAAAGAUGAGAUUAUUAGUCAAGUUAUGGCUGAAGGUGAAGAGCUGUCGAAAAAGCAGGCUGCUCAAGAAGCAACUAUCAGAAAGCUAAGGGCACAGAUUCGGGAGCUUGAAGAAGAAAAACAAAGACUCAACUCAAAGCUUCAGGUUGAGGAGACAAAAGUAGAAAGUAUAAAAAGAGACAAGGCGGCAACUGAAAAGUUGCUGCAGGAAACCAUAGAAAGAAAUCAAUCAGAACUUGCUGCUCAGAAGGAAUUUUAUACCAAUGCACUUAAUGCAGCCAAGGAGGCUGAAGCUUUGGCAGAGGCACGAGCUAAUAAUGAAGCUAGAGUUGAACUUGAGAGUCGCCUGAAGGAAGCUGGUGAACGUGAAGCUAUGUUGGUUCAGACACUCGAGGAGUUGAGGCAGAGUCUGACUAGAACAGAGCAACAGGCGGUCUUUAGAGAAGAAAUGCUGCGAAGGGAUAUUGAUGAUCUUCAGAAACGCUAUCAAGCAAGUGAACUACGCUACACAGAGCUGAUCACACAAGUUCCUGAGUCAACUCGGCCACUUCUGAGGCAGAUUGAGGCAAUGCAGGAGACAUCUGGUAGAAGAGAGGAAGGCUGGCUUGUUGUAGAAAGAGCCCUGAACUCCCGCUUGCAGGAGGCAGAAGCCAAAGCGGCUGCUGCAGAGGAAAAAGAGCGAUCACUGAAUGAGCGUCUGUCACAAAGUCUAUCACGAAUUACUGUUCUUGAAACUCAGAUUUCAUGUAUCAGAGCAGAGCAAACACAACUAAGCAGAUCACUUGAAAAGGAAAGGCAGAGAGCAUCUGAAAGCAGACAAGAAUAUCUAGCAGCAAUGGAGGAAGCUGCUACACAAGAGGGUCGGGCCAAGCAGCUUGAAGAUGAAAUCAAGGAGAUUAGGAGUAAACAUAAAAAGGAGUUACAAGAUGAAAUGAUUCACAGAGAACUUUUAGAGAAGGAGCUUGAAAGGGUAAGAACUGCCAAAGCAGAAUUGGAAAAAACUCUUGCUCGUGAAACUCCCCCAAUUGCAGAUCAAGAUCAAACCAAAAAUCUACCUACUAGGAAGCUUUCGAGUGCUGGCAGUUUGAGUAGCAUCGAAGAGAGCAUUUUCUUGCAAGCAUCUUUAGACUCGUCUGAUAACUUUUACUUGGAGAGGAGAGCAUCUGGGGAAGCAACAGUUUCUCCAUAUUUUUUGAAGAGCAUGACACAGAGUGCAUAUGAAGCAGCGCUUCGUCAAAAGGAUGGUGAACUUGCAUCAUAUAUGUCACGUUUGGCUUCACUGGAAUCUAUUCGGGAUUCUCUUGCAGAGGAACUGGUCAAAAUGACAGAGCAGUGUGAUAAGCUGCAAGCAGAAGCAGCAGUUUUACCUGGGUUACGGGCAGAGCUGGAAGCCUUAAGGCGCAGGCACUCAUCAGCACUGGAACUUAUGGGUGAACGUGAUGAAGAGCUGGAGGAACUCCGAGCUGACAUCAUUGACCUAAAGGAAAUGUACCGAGAACAAGUAGAUUUGCUUGUGAACAGGAUUCAAGUGAUGACUUCAUCGGCUGGCGCAACUUAGGUGUCCUAAAGAGAUGCUUGUUCUGUGAGGGUCAUGGUAUAAACUGAUAAUUUUGUGUUGUUCCUAAGAUUAAAUAGAAUUAUUGAUGGGUUAUUCUUUUGUAUUUGCCAUAAUGGUAUAUAUAUGCAAUGCAUUCAGGCCGGAAGCUUCUGUAGCCAUGCAUUUCUAAAGGCUUCAUUCAUUAGUAAGAUGCUUUGUUGUAUUUAAUGAAAAGAAUAUGAAGUUAUGUUUGGUGCUUUA